CCCUAGCUUCUGGCAUGGCUUCCCCUUGUUCUGGGGACCUUAGCCCUACUGGUCUGCCCCCACCCCCUGUCACCACUCCAGGUCCCUCCGCGCCCCCUGCGCCGCGCUUCCCCGACAUCUAUGGCGGCGAUGCGCAGCUCUGGGAGGCGCAUUUUCGUGGCAUCCGGCGCGCCUACCGCGUUUUGGGUAAAGAGGACGACUUCGCUAUCCGCGUGCUCACUGAAGACUUCACGCUGCCCUUCCCGUUCGCCUGGCCGCCGGGCCCCGACUCGGCUACCGGGCCCCUCUUCUACGACCCGCGGGAUCGCGCGGGCUUCGAUUUCCUGCUGCGCGGCCCUGGCGCGCCGCCCCCCGCGCUGCUGAGACCCUUGCAUGCCACGGCGCAGGCGGCCGAGCGCAAGCGGCGCCUGGAGCGCAUGGCGCUGAGCUACGCCGGCGCGGGCCGGCCACCGGGCUUGGUGCUGUUGGCGCCCGCGGCCGCCGCCUUUCCUCCUGAUGCUAGCUGUCCUGCAUGGCGCGCCCUCUCCCGCGACAGCGAAUAAAGCCUCUGU